GUUUUUCUGUCAAUUUCAGCUCGACUUAUGCAGAGUGUAUAAUUCACAAUUAUUGUUGUUUGUUUGCCCUAGAAAGUUGAUUUUGUUCUGAAAGAGUGUUGUAUUUAUUUCGUUGCAUAGAAAACUAAGGAUUGUUUCUAUUAAACUGUUAUUUUUCACGCUAAUUGUACUCAAAAUCCUAACUUAAAAAGGUUUUUACCCAAUUCUUGACGCUAAAGAUAACAAUGCCCAAAAAUACCAAGCGAAGGGUGCAGGAUCUACUUUCCACCAUCCAGAAAAACUCCAACGUGCAGUAUCUGGCCGAGUUGAAAACCAUUGCCCCCGGAGCGACGGGCAAGGAUCUCACCGAGAAGCAGAAACUCGCCUUCCAGGCCAUGAUGCGGAUCGCCCUCGAUCCGGAAGAGAAAUCCUGGACCAAGCGCAAGGAAAAGCUGGAUCGCCAGAGGGCGGCUAGGAUUGAGGCGGAGACGGAAUACAGGCGACUGGCGGAGAUCAAGAAGCAAUACGACGAGAGGAAGGCGCUUCCGAAGAGGGAAUCUCUGAAGUUGAAGGUUAUGAAAAUUCGCGCCAAAAGAAUAUUCCCAACGAAACGGGAGAGACGGGAGGAUCCCGCAAGGCGGUAUGGGUUUAUCCCGCGAUCGCAGAAGAAAACCGACCUCUCGGACUACGGCAAAGUCUGAGCAAAGGACUGCACUGCUGGUGGACGCAUAAGUGUCGCAUGUGCAUUUUUGUCGAAAAUAAGAUUUUAUUGAACGUCAUCAUUUUCAGAAUACGUAGGUGGCAAACACUUUUUUUUUUUGUUCUGUAAAAUACCGAAGAAAUCUUAAGUCGAACUGUCCCAUUAGGAGAAACGAACGCUUUACAGUCCCAGCGGAAAAAUGGACGUAAAACGGUUCCACUGCAGUAAUACAAAUUUUUAUAUGGCGCAGGUACCAAUGGUUGUAAUGUACCAGUAAAUUGGACAAUGGAAUAAAUCGUAUAUUUUUCGAUAAAAACGA